GCCGCUUUGUUUGUUUCGCCGACAGUCGCCAGUCGAGUUCUUUUUAUAGCGUUCAAGUAAAACAAAUAAAAAUUGUUUACCUUAACGUGAGAUACAGAUAGAGAGGAAGCGACUACCUCGCUCAGUUAACAGUGAUUGCGAGCCACACCUAAGUCGAAAUGUCCGGUACCAUACUCGAGAAUUUGAGUGGACGGAAGCUGUCCAUAUUGGUGAGCAGUCUACUGCUUUGUCAAGUGGCCUGCUUCCUGCUGGGUGGUCUGUAUGCACCCUUGCCCGCCGGCCAUCAGACUGUGCUGGGGACCAAGUGUCGCGAUAUGCCUGGCCGUCAAAAUGACACCAGCUUCUUUUUAUACUCACGCGGAGCGGGCGCAUGUAAUCCGGUGCCGUACGACGAGAUCGAAGACGAUGUACUCAAGAUGGCCAAUAAACUGGUGUACGUAUUCCAAAUGCCGCUUCCAAGAGAUAAUCGGGUGUUGGACUACAGCCGUUGGCAGCAGAAUCUCAUUGGAGUACUACAGGUAAACAUCGCAUAUGUCUCGUCAUCGGAGCUACGUGAGCCACCCAAGGACCUUCAGCUGACGAUUGACACACGGCUUGCCUAUCGCAACAAUGAAGAUGCCGAACAGGACUGGAAGCUCUAUGCACACAGCGUGGAGCACCGCUACUUGGACUGUCAUCCCGAGCAUGUGCAUACCAAGGAAACUCUGUAUACAUGUGACAUAAUACCAUUGUUUGAGUUGGGUGCACUGCAUCAUAGCUUCUAUCUGUUAAAUUUACGCUUUCCCAUGGACACACCCAACAAUAUCAACUUGCAAGUUGGACAUAUGCACGAUCUCACAUUAACAGCCAUAUACCAAAACGGAGGAUUCACUCAGGUUUGGCUUCUGCUCAAAACUCUGCUCUUUCCUUUUGUGGUGGGCAUCAUGAUUUGGUUCUGGCGACGUGUGCACAUUCUCCAACGCUCCCCGGCUCUGCUGGAGUACAUGCUGCUCUACUUAGGUGGUGCUCUUAGUUUCUUGAAUCUUCCACUGGAGUAUCUAACACUGGGCGUGGAAAUGCCAUACAUGCUGCUGCUGAGCGAUGUGCGCCAGGGCAUCUUUUACGCUAUGCUGCUCUCAUUCUGGCUUGUCUUUGCCGGCGAGCAUAUGCUCAUCCAGGAUUCACCAAAUAAAUCGACUAUACGCUCACGAUACUGGAAGCAUCUCUCCGCCGUCGUUGUCGGCUGCAUCUCGCUCUUUGUCUUUGACAUUUGUGAGCGCGGCGUUCAGCUUCGUAAUCCCUUCUACUCCAUCUGGACAACACCACUGGGCGCCAAGGUGGCAAUGAGUUUCAUUGUGCUCGCUGGCGUUUCGGCUGCCAUAUACUUUCUCUUCCUCUGCUUCAUGGUGUGGAAGGUGUUCAAGGAUAUUGGCGAUAAGCGCACCUCAUUGCCGUCCAUGUCCCAAGCGCGACGUCUGCACUACGAGGGUCUCAUCUACCGCUUCAAAUUCCUUAUGCUCGCCACUUUGCUGUGCGCUGGCUUGACCGUCGCCGGCUUCAUCAUGGGCCAAAUGGCAGAGGGACAUUGGCAAUGGAAUGAGAACAUUGAAAUUCAACUGACUUCCGCCUUUCUCACUGGCGUCUAUGGCAUGUGGAACAUAUACAUCUUUGCUCUGCUCAUCUUGUAUGCGCCCAGUCACAAACAAUGGCCCACAAUGCACCAGAGGGAUGAGACGACGCAAUCCAAUGAGAAUAUCGUUGCUUCCGCUGCCAGCGAAGAGAUUGAAUUCAGUCAUCUUCCAUCCGAUUCCAAUCCCAGCGAAAUAUCAUCACUCACCUCCUUUGCUCGGAAGGUGGCCUUCGAUUAAACGACGCUGAGAUUUUAAAUUGAUUUAUGUUGUGUGCCAAACUAAUUCUAAGAUUAGAUCUUGGCGGCCAGGAAACGAAUUGAACGCUCUUCACUUCAACUCAAAGCUCAAAGUGUUUACGCGUACUUUGCAUUAGUAUUACAAUUAAGAGAAACAUUUCUUGCCUAGUUUUUGCAUAAACAUACAUAUAAAUAAUAAUACCUAGCAUUUAGAUCAUAGAUUAUAUUUUAUGUCUUUAUAUCAGCAUUCAUAAAUGUAUUUUUUAUAGAUUUCUCAUAUGCAUGUCCAUGUUUUUAACUGAUAUUUGUAGUAAAUGUGUGUACUUAUCCGCCUCGGCAGUAUUAUAUAUAUGGGCAACUUUUUAACUAGCCAGUAAGAAUCUAUUGAAGAAAAUUUUCGGGUGCACAACAUUUGAAUACAAUAUUCAGAUACAUUUAUAUAUAUACAUACAACCGAUCUUGAAUUUUAUAACUGACAACGUAGAGCAAUUUAUCACUCCAGUAGCAAUGCAAUGAAUAAACAAAAGCAAUAUUCAAAUGAAAAAA